GCGGCGCUCCCUACCCCGGCCACUUGCCUUUGCACCCCUUCCCCCAAACCGCCCCGCGCCCUAGUCGUCCUGCUUCCCUUUCUGCCUUCUGCGGCGCCCCCUUCAUCUCCAGCCGUCCCCCCUCCCCACCAAAUCAGGCGAUCUCCGGAGAUGUGAAGAAGGGGGGUGAGCGGACAGGAAGAUGAAGGGAGCAAAGCUGCCCGCCGCGGGACAGGCGUCUAGGUGAACAGGAAAAUGACCGAAGAAACACACCCGGACGAUGACAGCUAUAUUGUGCGUGUCAAGGCUGUGGUUAUGACCAGAGAUGACUCCAGCGGGGGAUGGUUCCCACAGGAAGGAGGCGGGAUCAGUCGCGUGGGGGUCUGUAAGGUCAUGCACCCCGAAGGCAAUGGACGCAGCGGCUUUCUCAUCCAUGGUGAACGGCAGAAAGACAAACUGGUGGUAUUGGAAUGCUAUGUAAGAAAGGACUUGGUCUACACCAAAGCCAACCCAACCUUUCAUCAUUGGAAGGUCGACAAUAGGAAGUUUGGACUUACUUUCCAAAGUCCUGCCGACGCUCGCGCUUUUGACAGGGGAGUGAGGAAAGCAAUCGAAGACCUUAUAGAAGGCUCAACCACGUCAUCUUCCACCAUCCACAAUGAAGCUGAGCUUGGUGAUGACGACGUUUUUACAACAGCUACAGACAGUUCUUCUAAUUCCUCUCAGAAGAGGGAACAACCUACUCGGACAAUCUCUUCUCCCACAUCCUGUGAGCACCGGAGGAUUUAUACCCUGGGCCACCUCCACGACCCAUACUCCACGGACCACUAUCACCUCGAACAGCCGAUGCCAAGGCCCUACCGCCAGGUGAGCUUCCCCGACGACGACGAGGAGAUCGUGCGCAUCAACCCCCGGGAGAAGAUCUGGAUGACGGGCUACGAGGACUACCGGCACGCGCCCGUGCGCGGCAAGGCGCUCGACCCCGCCGAGGACGCCGACUCCUACGUGCGCUUCGCCAAGGGCGAGGUGCCCAAGCACGACUACAACUACCCCUACGUGGACUCCUCGGACUUCGGCCUCGGGGAGGACCCCAAAGGGCUCGGGUGCGGCGUGAUCAAGACGCAGCCCCUGCGGGGCAAGCCGCGGCCGCGGAAGGAGGACGGCGAGCGCUCGCGGUGCGAGUACUGCAGGGACAUGUUCAACCACGAGGAGAACCGGCGGGGCCGCUGCCAGGACGCGCCCGACGCCGUGAGGACUUGCAUCCGCCGCGUGAGCUGCAUGUGGUGCGCGGACAGCCUGCUCUACCACUGCAUGUCGGACCCCGAGGGCGACUACACAGACCCCUGCUCGUGCGACACCAGCGACGAGAAGUUUUGCCUCCGGUGGAUGGCCCUCAUCGCCCUGUCCUUCCUGGCGCCCUGUAUGUGCUGUUACCUGCCGCUCCGCGCCUGCUACCACUGCGGGGUGAUGUGCCGGUGCUGCGGCGGGAAGCACAAAGCGGCCGUGUGACCCCGGGCCGGGGACAGGCCGCCUGCGCCCCGCCCCCGGGCCCCGCCGCUGGACUCCGCGUGGGCUCCAGCGCAUUAACCGUCUAAUCGAGCUCUUACCCCGUGAUCUCCUGCCUUCCUCCCCGCCUCUUCCGGUUCAAAGGCGCCUGCAGUCGGAACUGCUGAUUUUUUAGGUGGGUUUUUGUAUUUGGUUUUUCCAGGAGCACUGGAGACUCUUCCUCUUGGCUCAGCUUGCCUGUGGCUAAGAGCACUUUACCAGUUCCUGCGGACGUGUGAUAGCAACAUAAUGAGACCCAGCCAGGAGUAUUUUAACCCGCAGGUAGUUAUGUCUAGGAGGUGAGCUAGUUAACUUCUAACUACAAACAAGAUCGCUUUAACUUUUCUAAAGCCAAAUUUCCCACAUACGCUGCAGUUUCUAUCCUGAGCCCGUCAUUUU